GAGAAGCGCAUACGCAAGAAGGAGCGCGACGAGGAGCUGGGCCUCGACGGCGAAAUGAAGGAGGCUCUGGGCAUAAACGACCUCAACUCGGACGACGAGUCUUCGGACUCUGACAACUCCGACGACGGUAGCUCCGACGAGGACGGAGACUCAGAAGCGGGUGCGGAAUUACAGGAAGACGGCAGUGACGCAGAGGAGGGCUCGGAGGCGGAUGAGGACGAGGAUGCAGGGGAGAUGGACCUGGACGUCGGCGAGCUAGAAGGCCUAGAGGAAGACGCGUCCGACGCAGAUGAUAGCGAAGACGAGGGCGAGCCGCCUAUGUCUGUCUCCCAAGCCCUGCAAAAUCCGCUGUACAUCGUCUCGCUUGACCCCGAGGUCAGGGAGUGUAUCGUUUGCCCCGGGAAGCUCAUCAAGAACACCGUCAUGGGUGAAGUGCACAUCAAGUCUAAUGCGCACACACGACGGUUCACGCGCGUCCGGGAAGCAGCCAUGGCCGUCGACGCGGACACGGACGUGCGCCUCCUCGUGCGUGCCGCGCUCGCGGAUGCCGAGACACCGAAGCCUGCUGAGGGACCCGCGUUGUCCAAACGCGCACUGAAGAAAAAGCGAAGUUGGACGCUAUCAAGGCUAAGCGCGAAAAGCAAAAGGCCAUGAAGGCGAAGGUCAAGGCGCGCAAGGAGGCCAAAGUCUCCGCUGCAGGCUCCUCAGAAUCAGAGGCCGAGGAUGAGGAUGACAAGCCCUCUCCCCCGAAGCCACCUCGCUCAAAGAAGCGGAAGCUGCAGCCAGAGGAUGCCGAUGCGAAACCACCGACAAAAA